AUGAAAGCCAGUCUUGUUCUUUUGUUGACGCCCCUUGCAGCGGCUCUGCCAGCAACCUUCAUCCAGCUAGACUCUGAGCUUGCCGUUCGCCGCGAGAAUGUCACCGAGCGAAUGGCCACCUUGGAUGAGCGUCAAGCUUCCGUAAGCAUUGACCAGCUUUUCAAGAACAAAGGUAAGGUCUAUAUUGGGUCUGCUACAGACCGCGGUCUCCUCCAGACAGGCAAGAACGCAGCGAUCCUUCAGGCCAACUUUGGCCAGGUCACGCCCGAAAACAGCAUGAAAUGGGAUGCCCUGCAGCCUAGCCAGGGUCAGUUCAAUUGGGACAAUGCGGACUACCUAGUCAACUGGGCUCAACAGAACGGCAAGUCGAUCCGAGGUCACACUCUUGUCUGGCAUUCGCAGCUGCCGCAGUGGGUGAAGAACAUCAACAACGCCGACACUCUGCGUCAGGUCAUUCGAACUCAUGUGAAGGCUGCCGUUGGACGUUAUAGUGGGAAAAUCAGGGCCUGGGAUGUCGUGAAUGAAAUCUUCAACGAAGAUGGCACUCUGAGAAGCUCGGUUUUCUCCAACUUGCUUGGAGAAGAGUUUGUUUCCAUUGCCUUCAAAGCCGCCCGAGAAGCCGAUCCCUAUGCCCGACUCUAUAUCAACGACUACAACCUCGACAAGGCGGGAUCCAGCAAGGUCAAUUUGAUGCGGUACUACGUUGACAAGUGGAUCUCCCAAGGAGUUCCUAUUGAUGGCAUUGGCACCCAGGCCCAUAUCAGUGGCGGAGGAGGCAGCAGCAUUCAAGGUGCCCUGGAACAACUUGCGACUGCUCCAGUUACUGAGAUAGCCAUCACGGAACUGGACAUCGCCCAGGCCCCUGUUGAUGACUACGUUACAGCUGUAAGGGGCUGCUGGAAUGUUGCCAAAUGCUGGGGAAUCACAGUUUGGGGCAUCAGUGACAAAGAUUCAUGGCGCACUGGAGCUAACCCUCUGCUGUUCGAUUCCAAUUAUAACGCCAAGGCUGCUUACUGGGGUAUUGUUGACUUGCUCGAUUAAAGGGGGUCAAAUGGUCGUCUACAAAAAGUCCAACCAACGUAGGGUAUAGACGUCAAAUGAAGUAAACAUUCACCACGCACUGGCUUGAUCAAGAUCGUCUAGGAAUAGAACAUCUUCCUCCAGACACACAAUAUACUCAUUCAAGUCCGGUCCCAGCUCUUCUUUUGACUGCGCGUCGUGGCUUGCAGGUCAGCCUGCCAGGUGACUGACCAGCAGAAUCGAACCAACUACCUCCUUAAAGGUAGCCGUGCUGUAAAACAAAUCACUCGGUCACAAUGGCAAAAGGAAAGCAACCUAGGGGGCUGCGCCCGCCCGAGGAGGGGGUCGAACCCUCAGCCUUGCGGUGACUUGUCCUGAGGAAGACGUAAAAGCCGCACGCUCUGGCCAAUUGAGCUACCCGGGCU